GCAGUGUUGUUCCCGGCAGUCUACCGAUAUUAAUUGAAAGAAGGUCCAUCAGACUCUCCUCUGUCAGUCUUCCCACUUUUACUCCAAACCGUGUUCGCAACUUGACCGAUCAUGGCUCUCGCACUACCAGUUGCCGCGGUUGCAGGUGCCAGCGCCGCCGCCGCCUACAUUGAUGCCAAAUUCCACAUCACCAAGGACCUGAAGUCGAUCCGCACACUGACCGGCGAGCAGCGUCGUCUCCAGAAGACUGUCGCUUCAAGCAAGGGCCCCAGUCUCUUCUACCAGUUCGAAGCCCAAGUCCGCCGCCUCCCCGCCAGCGAAGAGUGCAUCUGGUCGCGCGAUGGCUCGUACACGUGGGCAGAGACGUAUGCGAACGCCUGCCGCUACGGCCAGUUCCUCCAGCAGAAUGGCGUCAUCCCCGGCAAGCUGAUGGCCAUGUACCAAAUGAACCGGCCGGAGUUCCUGUUCACGCUGCUGGGAUCGUAUGCCGUGGGCACCGCGCCGGCGUGGAUCAACUACAACCUGGCGGGUGAUGCGCUGGUGCAUUGCUUGAAGGUCGCCGAUGCAAGGGUCCUGAUCGUGGACGAGGACGAGGGGUGUCGCGCUCGCAUCGAGGCCGUGAGGGACAGGCUGGAGGGCGAGCUGGGCAUGACCAUCAAGAUCCUCGACAAGAACUUGAAGGGCGAGAUCCUGCGCUCAGAGCCCAAGAGGCCCGAAGACCAUUUCAGACAAGGCGCAACGCCCAAGGAUGCUGCGUUCGUCUUCUACACCAGCGGUACGACCGGCCACCCCAAGGCUUGCAAGUUCCCACUCGCAGCGACAGCCGCUCUCUCCACGCGUAUACCCAACAUGGGUCUCAAACCAGGACCCAACGGCGACCGGUGGUAUGUCUGCAUGCCCCUCUACCACGGUACUGGAGGCACGACUGCCCUGGUCUGCCUGAUCACCGGCGUGACAACCUGCAUUGGUCACAAGUUCUCCACUUCGCGCUUCUGGAGCGACGUCCGAGAGUCGAGGUCUACCGCCAUUGUGUACGUGGGAGAAACGGCUCGAUACCUCCUCAAUGCUCCCCCAAGCGACCUGGACCGUAAGCACAACGUCAAAGCCAUGUUCGGAAACGGCAUGCGUCCAGACGUAUGGCAGCGUUUCGUCGAUCGCUUCGGUAUCGAACUUGUCGCCGAAUUCUUCAACAGCACUGAAGGUGUCCUUUCUUUGUUCAACGACUCCCGUGGGCCGUUCACUGCCACUUCGGUCGGACACCAGGGCAUCAUCAACCGAUGGCGCUACCACAACACAUACGUUCCCGUAGAGAUUGACCAUUCUACCGGCGACAUCGUGCGGGAUCCCAAGACCGGUUUUGGUGUACGCAAGUCGUACGAAGAGGGUGGCGAAAUCCUCGUCUACAUGCCCACUGAGGAUUCCUUCGUGGGCUAUUACAACAACCCCGAGGCCACAGAAAAGCGUUUUGUGCGCAACGUCUUUGCCAAGGGUGAUCUUUGGUACCGCACUGGCGAUGCCCUGAGACGAGAUGCCGAUGGGCGGUGGUUCUUCAUGGACCGCCUCGGCGACACAUUCCGCUGGAAAUCCGAGAACGUCAGCACAGCAGAAGUCGGCGAGGCACUCGGCAGCUUCCCAGGUGUCCAGGAAGCCAACGUCUAUGGUGUAGAGGUUCCGAACCACGACGGCAAAGCUGGCUGUGCAGCGCUCCACAUCGAUCCUGCACACCGCGACAACUUUGACUUCAACGCCCUGCUUGCACAUGCCGAGUCGAAGUUGCCAAAAUACGCAGUCCCAGUAUUCCUAAGAGUGCUGAAGACGCGCACCCUCAUGCACACCAACAAGCAGAACAAAGUACCCUUCCGAAACGACGGCAUCGAUCUGAGGAAAGUCCAGGAGCGCACGGACAAAGAGGCCGUGGAGCAGUCGGAGCCCGAGGGCGAGUACGAUACUUUCUACUGGUGCCCAUCAGCGCUGUCUCUGCGAACGAAACUUGCAGCGGGCGAUAAGGGUUACAAGGUGUACAGGAUGGAGGACUGGGAUUCGCUUAAGGGGGAUGAGGCGAAGCUGUAGAUCUAUGUUGAUUUAGCGGAUCUGGGUGCGUGGAGUUCUUCUUGUAUACUGUUGGAUAGCGUCUCGGAUAGCUACUUGAUCUUCAAUGUGAGCGUUCUUGUUCUUGGCCCGGCUGGCUUUUGUGGUUUGUCUGGUGUUUUUUUCUUGAUCUCGUAUGUUUCUUGUUGUGUCGAUUGUUCUUUGGACUGUAGGGCAUGUCAUGUUUGCUCUCACUUGGUCGCUGCUGGGGUGUUCUUGGUUCUCGUUCGUCUCUUUGCAUUUGAGCACCGUUUGUAUGGACUGGUAGUGCUUUCCGUAUCUGUCGGGGCUGGUGCGUCAUCUGGAGCCAUCUCGUGCACAACUCGACGUUCACCCACACACUUUCACCCACCGACAC